AAGAUAAAUCCAUAAUUCUCCGUCCAACUCCAGCGGGAGCUGAUUAAGUGGAGCGAAGGAGUGAUGGCAGUGAUACCAUUGCCAACAAACACCAUCGCUUCUUCUGCAAACGUUUUUCUGAAGGCUGGCGGUGCGCGAUUGCUUUGGUCCUUGUCAAAAUGCACUCAAUUCCAAACUCAUCCUCGUCCCCUCACAUUCCACUCGCUUCCCCUUUUCUCCACCGAUAACAACAGAAGAAGAAGACGAAGCGUACGCUGGCUUCCCUCCUUCUGCACGGAGGCGGUGACUCCAGUCAGCCUGACCGCCGGUGCCGAUGAUAAUGUUGAGGACGACGGUGAGAAGAAGACGAGGAUGAUAAAGGAAGCGGCGGACACGCUGGACAUAAGGGUCGGCCGCGUCCUUAGGGCGUGGAGGCAUGAGGAGGCUGACUCCCUUUACGUGGAGGAGGUGGAUGUUGGCGAGCCUGAGCCCAGAAUCAUCUGCAGCGGCCUCGUUAAUUAUAUUCCCCUUCACCAACUUCAGGAUAGAAAUGUUGUUGUUCUUGCUAAUCUGAAGCCGAGGAACAUGCGUGGUGUCAAGUCAUGUGGAAUGCUUAUGGCUGCUUCAGAUGCAUCGCAUGAGAAUGUUGAGCUUCUUGUACCUCCUGAGGGUUCACUUACUGGUGAAAGAGUAUGGUUUGGCUCAGAAAACGAAAAAGAAAGUCAACCUGCUGCUGCCACACCGAAUCAGAUUCAAAAGAAAAAGAUUUGGGAAUUGGUGCAACCUCAUCUUAAGACAGACGCUUCUUGUACUGCUAUGCUUGGGGUGCAUGUAAUGCGGACAUCUGCAGGUGCGGUGGUCUCCACGUCUUUGAAGAAUGCAAAUAUCUCCUGAUCGGAUUGGCAACUUCAUGCGACUAACUGUUGCACGGCUUCUUAACACCUAAUAUCCGAGCUGGCAUAUGAUAUUUGUGAGUAUUUUGUAAACGGUUGAUGUAAUAAUUCCUAGUUUAUAAACAUGUACUUCUAAAAUUUUGAGGAUUAAGUUUUUGUCAGUUGCUUUAAACAUGUCACUGGUUCUGAUUGCUUAUCCUUGUUUCAGUUGCCAAUAAUCUAUAUGAAUGAGGUUUUCGAUCC